AUGGAUAUUGAUUACGAAAAUGAAAUAUCAAUAGUUUUAGAAGCUAAACACAAUCAGCAUCUUAAUAAUAAUAAUAAUGGAUGUGGUAACGCAAAUAAUAUAAAUAAUGAAAAUAACUUUUUACAAGAUGACCUUGUAUAUAACUUUUUAUCAGACGAAGUUACAUUAGGUAGUGACUGUACAACACCAUAUACUUUAAAUAACAAUCAUAUUGUCAAUAGUAAUUAUAUUAUUAAUAAUAAUAAUAAUAAUAAUAAUAUGCUUAACGAUCAUUCAUCAUCACCAAUGAGAGUACCAAAUUCAAGUCCUUCUUUAUAUAAUAACUCAAUUGAAUCACCAGAAUUGGUUUAUCAUGAUAAUAGUAACAAUAACAAUAACAAUAACAAUAAUAUCAAUGUCAAUGAUAUCAAUGUCAACGAUAUCAAUAGUAAUAGUACAAAUAAUAACGAAAGUAAUAACAAUAGUAGUAGUGAAGGCGAAUUACCAUGUCUUGUUGAUAUCCAACAAUAUCAAUAUCAAGACAUGUUACCAUUUGAUCAACAACCAGUUGUUGUUAUGCAAAAUCCAAUCAUCACUACAACAACAACAACAACAACAACAACAGCAACUAUCGAACAACAAAUUAACCCAAGUGAACAACAACAACAACAACAACAACAACAACAACAACAACAACAACAACAACAACAACAACAACAACAACAACAACAACAUCAACAUUUAUUACAAGAACAUCAACAUGUCGUUAAUGAAGAAGUCUUACAUAUGAUUGACCCAAGUGUUGAUUUAACAAACACAUAUAUGGAUGCAGCUGGUAUUUCAGAUAUUAUAGCAUCAGAUUCAUCAACUACAACUUCACCAUCUUCUCCAUCAACUUCAAAUAUGUUUUUAACUCCAAUGGUUACUACUACUACCACAUCAGAAACUUCAUCUUCUUCUGAUUCUUCUGUCAAUAUUAUUCCAAAUAAUACUAAUACCAUCACCAAUAUACUAAUAAAAGAAGAAGAUACCAAUAAUGGUAACAACAAUAAGAAAUCUAAAAAGAGAACCAUAGAUUCUAGGGUUCAAAAUAUUGUUCAUCCAUUAACUAGAGAAGAAUUAUUAAAGAUUGCAGGUAAAGAACCAGUACAGGUUGUAGAUCCACCAACUCAUAAUCAAGAGGAUGAAAGAAAUGUAAAGAAACAAAGAAGAUUAAUAAAGAAUCGUGAAAGUGCACAACUCUCAAGAAUGAGAAAGAAGAUUUACAUUGAAGAUCUUGAAAAAACCAUUAGUGAUUUAACUCAAGAUAAUAGUUCAUUAAAAGAAGAAGUAUUAUACCUUCAAGGUUUAGUUAAACAAUUAGCAGCACAAAAUAGUAAUAGUAAUAAUAAUAGUGUUAUUGAUAUCAAUAACAAUAAUGUAAAUAAUAGUCAACAACAACAACAACAACAUCAACAACAACAACAACUUAAUAAUAGUAAUAACAAUAACAAUAACAAUAAUAAUAAUAGUACAAAUAAACAACAACAAAGUAAAAAUGUAAAAGCAGCUGGUGUUUGUCUUUUACUUAUCUUUUUCAGUUUAGGAGUAUUCUUCCAACCACCACAAUCAUCUACUCAACGAUUCGGAGCAAUUACAUCUUUUGAUGUUAAACCCACUCAUUCCAUCCUUUCAAUGUCCGACAGUGAAUCAUCCCCUCAAAAAUCUCUACGUCUAUCAAGUAAUCAUCAUUCCCUUCCUGAUGGUACUUUUAAUACAAUCCCUAUUGACCAGCAAACAACAGCAACAACCAAUACAAAAUCAUUACCAUCUUAUGUUUUAAAUAAUAAUGAUGAUAGUGAUAGCGACUAUGAAAAUGUAAACAUCAAUAAUAAUAAUAAUAAUAAUAAUAAUAAUAAUAAUAAUAAUAAUAAUAAUAAUAAUAAUAAUAAUAAUAAUAAUAAUAAUAAUAAUAACAAUAAUAACAAUAAUAAUAUUAAGAGAAAACAACAUCAACAAAAUCCUCAAUCUGAUAGUUUUCAAAAUAGGAAAAAAAUUAAAAUUAAUCUUGCAACAGAGAAUACGGAAGGAGAUGGACCAUUGGUUUCAAAAUCAUCAGCCACCACUACCACCACCACCACAACAACCACCACUACAUCAACACCAAAGACACCUCAAAUUUCAGAGGAUGUUUCUAUUGAUGAAAUAGAGGAACCAAUGGUUCAUUCAUCUCAACAAUAUAUUGUUUGUUCAGAUUCUCCUAGAAUCGUUUCAAAUAAUAUCACUCAAACAACUGAAAGUUUGUUAAAUUCAAAUUCAACAAAUCCAAUUACAAUUGGCUUAUUAUUACCAGCUGAAAGUUUAAAUUUACACAACAUUGUAAAUAAUAUUGGUGGUGGUGAAAGAUCAAUUUUAGAAAUUAGUUGUCAAGUUUCAAAUAUCCGUGUUUGGAAUCCUUUAUCAAUUGACAUUGAUCAUCAAUCCUCAAUUGUUCCUGCCUCCUCUUCUUCAUCUUCAGCUUCUUCAAUAUUUACAAAUCAUUUUUAA